CGCACAUGGAUGCCAACUGCAAUGAAACUCAACAGAAGAAAAAGGAUUAGCUUCAUCUCUCACACAUGCUAACAACUUUCCUCUGCAAAGCAACAAAAUGAAGCGUCAGCAUCAUGCUUCGUUCAACGCCACUUUUACAACACCAAGAGCAGCUGCUCCACUUUACCAACAACAACAACAACAACAACAACAACAACAGACAGGAAGAAUCCCCCAGGACUUCAGAGAAACUAUGAUACACCUCCCAGUAAAGCCAGCAGUCAAGCCCAUUAUCAGGACACCAGAUGUGGCUCCUGAGACACAAAAAAAACAGAAACCUAAAGCAAAAUCCUCAGCUGGUAAAUGGAAGUCUUCGUUCAAACCAUUAGGAGACGAAGAUGACUCUCCGGAAACAAGCGCUGGCAGUUCAGAAAGGCCUGAGAUUUAUGAUCCUUACGAUCCCAUCUCGUCAGACUCUGAGGAGGAGGUGCUACGGUCCAGAGACCACAUCCAGUCCCCGGCCAAAUACAAUAAGAGCCCGGGACGUGAGGCUUUGUCUCCAGGUAGAGGCUCAAAUAAAAAACGAUGCUGGGGCCAAAGCUACUCUGAGUCACUGACCCAACCCCUCGACAGGCGUGACUUGUCUGAAACCAGACCUGCCGAGAGUCGAGGUCUCAGUCCAGGUCAUAGACUGCCCGAACGACAGGCUUAUAGCCCCAACACUGAAUCACUUGACCGAUCAGUUCUGGACCACAGGGUCCGUAGCCCUGACAGGCACGUUCAAGGCUCCUCCACCAAACUGUUUCCUGCAUCUUACGGGGGACAGAGAACCAACGGGGAGGAGAGGAUCGUCCCUGAACACUGGAGAGAGAUGGCCACCACUGUUAGGUUAUCCCCCCCAAGGCGGGAUUAUCAACGUCACUCUGAAUAUGUGGGAACAGAACGGGACCAGAUCCCAGCUUCCACAGAGGGUUCAAAAAACAAGAGCAUGGAUAGAGUAACGAACAGGGACCCCAUCAUCUGUGACCUUUGUGACGUAGAGUUAGCCAACGGUCGGGAGCUGGAGGAUCACUUGGAGAGCAAGAGUCACUGGGACACCCUGGAGCACAUUCAGCAGCACAGGGAUUAUGAUGAUGUGGCUAUAGCCUUCCUACAGGAGGUCAUGCUGCAUAAAAGCCAUCAGUGCAGCAGAGCUAUAGAGGACAGUGCAAUUGAAGCUCUGCAGGAAAAUGACCACAUGACAAAGAUCGAAAUGUUCCACUGUGCGGCUUGCAGUGUUUUUGUGCCCACGUCUGCAUCUUCAGUGCAGACACACAUUACUUCUCAGGAACACCUCUCCAACACAAAGGAGUUUCAGGUACGGCAGAGACGUUCUUGCCUUGACAAAGCAGAAACCAUAAUGAAGGUGCUGAAACCUCAGUUUGAACACUUCCUGAAGGGUGGCACUCCGUUUGAAUGAAGGCAUGAAAUGUUUACACCCGGAGGCUGUUUGCCUAUGUGAGGAACUAUGGACUUAAGCUUAACUCACACAUAAAUGCUGUGGCACCACUAAUGUACAGUAUAGUGCCAAGACAGCACUCUGUUUGUGUCGUUCAGGAUUUGUUUGCGUAAACAGAAACAUUUUGAAUCAAGGUUUGUUCGCACACUAUGGAUCUCCUUGUGUAGUUGUUCACACAUGGUUUGUCAUUUCACAUUUUGGUAAUGUUAAUGUUGGCUUAAGUAGCACCUUAAGAUAAAGUUUGUAAUUUUAUACAUGAGCAGAUUCUGUAUUUUUAUAAUUUGUGUGGGGGGAAAAAAGAUUGAAAAAGUCAA